CGGUUCGUCUUCGUGUUGAGGCCACUCGGGCGGAGUCGUUGUGUUUAUAGAGUGCACGAGCCACGUCUAUGAGAGAGAAAAAUUAGUGUUUAAACGCGAUUUUGGAGUGGGAUUUAUUCGACAUUUGCCCGUUAUUUUUACCACACGCGUCGUUUGGAGUGGAUUUUUUUUGUCAAACACGAGCUUCGUUGACGUUUUGUGAGCGCUAUCUUGUCGAGCUAACGCGGCUAGCUAUCGUUAGCUGCACUUUUUACGUGAAGGAAGGAAUUUUCUUGGCCCAGCUGUGACCAUACAAGUUACCAAAGUGGUGUUUGCACUGGCCACAGCUCUGGAGCAGACCUGAUGGAAACAGUAUGUCUAAAGCAUCAUGAGCCUCCUCUAGAUCACUGGAGAAUCAGUUUCACAUAAACGAUCGGACUAUUGCAGGAGGAAGACUGCAGAAUGAUAUCUUGUUGAAUCAAUAGGGUUCUGAGAAAGUUUGCACCACAGAUAAAUAUCUUGGUGCUACUACAAGUGGUUUGUAAAAGAAAGAGGUAGUUGUAUAGUGGAGGUAUAAAACUUAGCUUGUUUCAGAAUUUUUGCUUGCUAAGAUAAUAAGAUGAGUGCAGAAGGAUAUCAGUACAGAGCACUGUAUGACUACAAGAAGGAGAGAGAGGAGGACAUUGACCUGCAUAUUGGGGACAUACUCAUAGUGAGUAAAGGCGCCCUGUUAGCACUUGGCCACAGUGAAGUGAUGGCCGAGAGGCCGGAGGACAUAGGCUGGCUGCCCGGGUAUAAUGAGAUGACUCAGGAAAAGGGGGACUUCCCUGGUACUUAUGUGGAGUUCAUUGGGAGGAAGAAGAUUUCUCCUCCGACCCCAAAGCCACGGCCUCCCAGGCCUCUUCCAGUGGCACCCGGACCAGUCAGGAACGACUCAGACUCUGAGCCAGGAGGUUCCAGCACUUUGCCAGAUCUGACUGAGCAGUUUGCACUUCCAGACAUGGCACCACCCAUGCUUCUCAAACUGCUGGAGUCCAUCGAGAGAAAAGGCCUGGACAACCCCACCCUGUACAGAAACCUCACCGCUGGAGGUGGCCUGGAUGUACGGCAGUGUUUUGACACUGACACACCUUCUGUGGACUUGGAGCAGCUCGAUCUGCAGAUGUUGUGUGACGGUCUGAGACGAUACCUGCUGGAUUUGCCCCAGCCGGUGAUUCACUCUGCAAUCUACACUGAGAUGGUACGCAUCGCUCAAGAGGUCCAAGGAACGGAGGAAUGUGCAGAGCAUUUGCGGAGGAUUGCUGCUUCCUCUGUUGUCCCACCUCAGUACUGUCUAACGCUGCAGUGCCUGCUGAGACACCUUGCUCGUGUGUGCCAGGCCUCGGCCGCCAACCUGCUUAACGCCCGAGCCCUUGCGGAAAUCUUCAGCCCUGCACUAUUCCGGCAGCUAGCAACCAGCUGUGAGCCAAGCCCUGAGUCACACAUUAGGAUCAUCGAAGUCCUGGUGACCAGUGAAUGGAGCAGCAGCCAGGCAGCUCCAGCACUACCUCCAAAACCACCCAAACCAACACCUGUCACUAACAACGGUAUGAACAACAACAUGGCUCUACAGGAUGCUGAAUGGUACUGGGGGGACAUUUCGAGGGAGGAGGUCAACGAGAAACUGAGAGACACAGCUGAUGGAACAUUUUUGGUUCGUGACGCCUCCACCAAAAUGCACGGUGACUACACCCUCACACUGAGGAAAGGAGGUAACAACAAGCUGAUAAAAAUUUUCCAUCGCGAUGGGAAGUACGGUUUCUCAGAUCCUUUGACUUUCAACUCUGUGGUUGAGCUGAUCAAUCACUAUAGGCACGAAUCCCUCGCCCAAUACAACCCCAAACUAGAUGUGAAACUGCUGUAUCCUGUGUCUAAGCACCAACAGGAUCAAGUGGUGAAAGAGGACAACAUUGAAGCUGUGGGCAAGAAGUUGCAUGAAUACCACCUGCAGUACCAAGAGAAAAACAGGGAGUACGACAGACUGUAUGAGGAGUACACCAGAACUUCACAGGAGAUCCAAAUGAAAAGAACUGCUAUUGAAGCUUUCAAUGAGACCAUCAAGAUCUUUGAGGAGCAGUGCCAGACGCAAGAGCGUUACAGCAAAGAGUACAUCGAGAAGUUUAGGAGAGACGGCAACGAGAAAGAGAUCCAGAGGAUAAUGGUGAACUAUGAGAAGCUGAAGUCCCGCAUCAGUGAGAUCGUGGACAGCAAGCGUCGUUUGGAGGAAGAUCUGAAGAAGCAGGCGGCCGACUACAGGGAGAUCGACAAGAGGAUGAACAGCAUCAAGCCUGAUCUCAUCCAGCUCAGGAAGACCAGAGAUCAGUACCUCAUGUGGUUGACACAGAAGGGCGUCAGGCAGAAGAAGCUCAACGAGUGGCUGGGAAUCAAAAACGAGAACCAGGAAGAUCAAUACUCCAUGGUUGACGACGACGAGGACCUGCCGCACCAUGACGAACGUUCCUGGAAGCUCGGGAACAUUAAUCGCCUCCAAGCGGAAGCUCUGCUACGUGGCAAGAGAGACGGAACAUUCCUGGUCCGAGACAGCAGCAAAUCUGGCUGUUACGCCUGCAGUGUUGUUGUGGACGGCGAGGUCAAGCAUUGCGUCAUCAACAAAACGCCCACCGGCUUCGGUUUCGCAGAACCUUAUAACCUGUACGGCUCACUGAAGGAACUGGUCUUGCACUACCAGCACACGUCUCUCAUUCAGCACAAUGACUCUCUGAAUGUCACAUUAGCAUACCCGGUUUACGCACACCAGCGGCGAUGAGAACUCACGAACAUACACUUUGUCAGGACUUUGUGACGCGCGAUUGGCGCUUAGAAGGAGGAGGACAAGAGAAAAGGCCUCAGCUCCUGCAGCGAUGCCUCCACUUUGGAUUCAGGACGGAGGGCUGGUUUUCACAGCUAUAAACCCCAAAAGCAGACGUUUUAGCCGAGACCUAGAGGAGGCGUAUCGUUUUCCUCGCGGUGAAGCGGAAACUGCUGAACUUUUGAUCUUUCUCUCUCCCGAAAUGGAGGACGAUGGAGGCCUUUUUCAAAAUGGUGCUUGUUCAUUUCAAAGCUUUACCCACUGCUGGAAUGUGGAACGCUCAUGACAGUGACCUCUGGAGUACAAAUGCUACUCAGAGUGUUGUACCUGCGUGCGUGUGUGUGUGCGUGUGAGAGCGCGUGUGUGGAUGUGAUGUGACCAAAAUUUACAGUAUCUAAAAGCUAUUCGUCAUUGGCGUGUUCAAGGUGACGAUGUGAACAGACCAUGGAAUCAGCUGAUCAAUGUAGCAAGAUGGCACUUUCAAAACAGUAUAUUUUGUGUUUUUUGUUUUUUAUUUUUAUUUUUUUUUAAUUUUUUGUUUGGUUUUUUUCUUCCCACAUAAAGGACUGUGAACAAGCAAACGAUAUGAACAUCUCAUUUUAAAUGAGCAAAAAAUACGGACAGGAUGCGUGGCAUUUCACUCAAGCAUUACAGUGACUGCUUCUGCCUUUGAUGGACUAACAAGGCGUGCAAACGAACUUAAAACAGAUUAAUUUUGUACAUAUGGACUUCAAGAUAAAGAAAAAAAAAACGUGAUUGAAACCAUGUUGUACCAAAAACAGCGCUCAGUUCCUUCUCGGUUGUAUUCAAAUGUGCUAUGCAAAUUCUGUUUCAGCCUUUUCUUCUCAGCAGAGUUGUGAUUUUAUUUUCCAUGUUGCUUCCCAUAAUAUAAUUGACCUUAUUUUUUUGUUUUUACAGCUUGAAGUCGUUUUUUUUAACGGUAGUAUAUAAGACGAUAUUUUAAGUGUCAAAAUCGCCAAGAGAAAUGGCUUCAGUUUUACAACAGAUAAACGAUAAAGUACUUUAUUACAAAUUUCUUUAUCAGCAGCUGAUUAGAAUAAAUAGAUGAGUAUUUUAUUAGUCUUUUUCACUUUAAGGGUUUUUUUUUUUUCCCCUAUUUUUUCUUUUCUUCUUCCUAGGCAGAGCCUGGAGGACUUUUGUGCUGCUUCUCGUCAGUAAUACCAUAAAUCAUCGAUCGGAUCGUUUUCAUUUACUUAUCGAGUUCUGGGCGUUUUGGAGCUUUUCGUUUGUGAAUACGAGUUCACUCUAGAAAAUCUUAAAGCUUCUCAUAUUUUUUAUUUUCCAAAAGAAUUUUUCAGCAAAUGUAUGAGCGAGGCAAAUUGAAUUACUGUUUAUUUUAGAUGAAAUAAGAACAGCUCUAUUCCUUAUCCGUAUUGUUUUUCUGUAUCAGAAAAACUCACUAGUGUUUACAUGACCGAGUCAGAAUCUGUAUUUUGACCUGCAUCCCUUGUUGUACUACUUUGCUUUUCACUUAAAGCUGAACAACGGUAGUUCUUCCAUUUACAGGACAUCAACUCGGCUUCUCCCCCCCCCCCCCCCCCCCAACAGCCAGCUGAAUGGCUACGUUUUGUCAUUUGCUGUCUCUAUAAUUCCUCAUCAGAGAUUACAGUAUCCUAAGCUUUAUGACUGGUGAAGUCUUUGGCGUAGAGGUUUGCCUCCAGCUCGACUCGUGUCUAUUUUGCAUUUAUGCAUCCGAUGAUAUUUUGCAUAAAUAAAACAUCAUUGUGAACCAAUAA